AUGCUCAGUACGAAUGACCCGACAUCGAGUACGCCAUCAGUGAUCUUGCUUCUGACGUUGAAAGCAAGCAAGCUUCUCGACAAAGAUGUGUUCUCGAAAAGUGAUCCGAUGUGCGUUGUGUCGCAAUAUGUUGGACGACUUACUGAAUGUGGACGUACAGAGUGCGUGAAGAAUACGCUGAAUCCCGAAUGGGCGACUCAAAUCCGUAUCGAAUACUUUUUCGAAGAACGGCAAACGAUGCGAUUCGAAAUAUAUGACAUCGAUUCAGCCUCGAGUGAGUUGUCCGCCCAUGACUUUCUUGGUCGUAUGGAGUGCGAACUGGCGGAAAUCGUUUCGAAUCGGCCCUUCACAAAAACUCUCAGCGGGACGAAGCAUAAAAAUUAUGGCCAAAUUACCGUAUCUUGCGACGAAGUUGAUGAUGGCGCGAAGGAGAAUGUUCGGUUUCAUUUGAGUGCUAAAAAAACUGCUGGACAAAAAGGAUUUCUUUGGCAAGUCGGAUCCAUUUUUGAACAUCUAUCGAAUAACCGCCAACUAGCCCAUCGAACAGAAGUCAUCAAGAAAGAGUUGAAUCCGGUUUGGAAUCCGUUCGAGGUGAAUGUGAAAAUGUUGUGCUUCCAACGAGUAUAA